ACCAUCCUGUCUGUCUGUCUGUCUGUCUGUCGGUUCAGCCGUGCAUCAUCCAAAAGGGCGCGAGUGAAGUCUCACACGUACGUCACCACCAUGCAAUGCAGCGAACAUCAAUCAACGCACAGAUCGGCAUGCGACGGACGGUGACGCUGCCUGCCACCGACACAUGGCAUGGCAUCAUCAGCUAGCUGCCGUGUCUCAUCUAUGGCGCACACAACCACGGCACACAAGCAGCCCCUCCUAUCCAUCAGGCUGUGUCUCUCCCCUUUGACAAAGCCGUCCGACGUCAUGGCAGCUGCUGCGAUGAAGCUGCCACUGCGUUGGACGGGAUUGUCAAAGGAGAGAGUCCACCCCCGACAGGAGGGGCAAGUCAUCAACAAAAAUCACGCGCAGUGGCAGCCGGCCAGUCUCGUCAGUCAAUGAAACGUCGAGCUGUGUGGGGGCAAGACGUAAUGAGACCGCCUACACAACACAACACAUACGCACACACACACACACGUCAGUCAGUCAGUCGGUAAUAUCCUUUGUGUGUGAGUGAGUGUGGUGGUGUCGUUGAGUUGAUGUGUAUGUUUAUGUGUAUGGUCGCUCACGCCAUGGAAGCCAGGCUGUCGUCCAUGGAUCCGUUGACGCUGCCCACACCGCUGCCGCCCUGCCCGGCGCCCCCCACUCCAAUUCCCAUCGCCGCCCCGCCCGUGACGCUGUCGGCCAUGUUCACGUUGCUGCCAGGGGGGUAGUUCUCUCGGACGCUCAUGAAGCUGCUCGCCAUGUUGCCACCUCCCUGAUCCAUAGGAGGAGGCCCCAGAUGCUGCUGCUGCUGUGGCGGCCCGCUGCCCACGUCGCUGCCCCUCCCAGCAGCAGGGGCAACGGCAGCAGCAGCAGCAGAAGAAGAAGCAUCACGAUGGUGCCCCAGGUACUGGCUCUGACUCCCGCCGAUUGGGAUGUACUGGAAUGAAGAGCUGACAGGUGGUGCGGCUGAGGACGGUGGGACGCUGGGAGGUGCGACAGAGGGUGGGGGCUGGUGCGGCGCGGACCGCAUGGCGGCGUGGUGGUGGUCUGGCAUGACCCAUGAGGCAGAUGGUGCUGGGUGUCCGGCGAAUGGCGGCAUGGCCAUGGAUGAGGCAGGGGGGAACAUGGGCAUGGCGCCCAGACCCUCAUAGCCCGCCUGGGGAGGGCCGGGGGGAAAGGAACCAGGGAGGGGCGGUGGGGGCUGAUUGACCAAAUCAGUACAGUACGCACACAGGAUCCUCAUCCAGUCACAUGUCAGUCAUCGAGACGCUCCACCAUCUAUCUGCCCUCCCUCCCUCCCUCCCUGCCCCUCUCACUCACCGGCAUGAAAGGGAGGCCGGCCAUGGUGGGGUCCAUCGGGCCACCGGGGAAGCCGCCCGGCGGGUGGUGAGCGAAGGCAGGUGCGUUGGGCGGGGGUCUCAUGGGCGGUGACCUCUGUGACCUCUGGGCCCUCUGCUGACCACCGCCGGUGCGGUUGGGUGGGAGGAGGAAGGACGGCAGGCAGCUGCUGACGGUGUCGGCCCACGCCGGCGGCAGCAGGCUCAGGAGCUUCCCGGUGCCGUCCUCUGCGUAUGUCCAUGGAAUGGAAUGCAAAACACAACAGGACAGACAGACGGGCAGACAGACAGGAGCCCAUCAUGGAUGGCAUCAUGCUGUGCACUCAAGUGUCGGAUGGAUGGAUGUGUGCCAGCCAAUCUUAGUUACCGUGCAUGACGAAGACGAUGAAUGCGCCGAUGACUGCGACCUGCACGGCCGAUGUAAGGAUGUCGCCGAGGCCGCCCCAGGCACCCGAAUUGCCGUUGCCGGAUACCUCCACCAAAUACGACUGAACAAGCCAGCCAGCAGAGGUGGAUGCAUUUGGGAAUGUGCGUGGCGUCGGUUGUGUCGUUUGUCCGCUCACCAUCGGAGGUUUGAUGGCGUCAACCAGGUUGGUGUAAAGUCGGUCGUCAAUCGGCUGCUGAGACCUGCACGCACCCACAGACACAGACACAGACACCGACACGGAAGAAUUCCCACAUAUGAGCCCUUCCUUUCUUUGGCGGUUCCUCCCUCUGUCUGUUUGUCUCCCCCACUCACUUGAAGAGUGCGGUGGCGAGUGUGUGGAUGCCCUUAGCCGUCCUGCUUUUUUCGGCAAGGACGGCCUGAAGGUCGGCCUCGUAGGCCGCCACACUCUCACCCGCAGCAGCCUGCCCCUGGUGCUGCCUCACGGCCGUCUCGCUGGGCUGCAGCCGCCUCGCACGCACAUCGUCGUCCACCCACACCAGCCGACGCAACGGACGGUAUACACCUGUGUGGGCAUCAUAGCACAGCACAGCACAGCACAGCACACGUGUGGACGUAUGGACAUAUUAGUGUAGUGUGUGGUUUCCCAUUCUCUCCCCACUCGCUCAACUCAACUCACCUCCCAAUGCGCAGCACUUCCACAGCUCCGCAGCGGCCAGCUCGCCGUCCUCCAGCGACGCCUCGAGAGACGUCUUCAGAGGCGGUGGGACGAUGGCGUGGUUCAGUACAGCGGGACGGGCUGAGGGACUGGUCUCCUCCUCGCCCUCAGAGCCCUCCGUCUCACCCUUGGGGCUCGUCUCUUCGUGUGCUGUGGCGAUGGCCACGACAGGCUCAUCUGCUGCCGUCUCUGUCUGUGGCUGCUCCAGUGCCCCGCCCUCAUCGCCUUCCUUCUCCGUGCAAGGAGUCUUCUUGGCGAACCACUUGGAGAAGAAGCCAGCAGAGGGGGGGGCAGCCAGGGCUUCCGAUGAAGUGGCGCCCUCCUCGCUCUCAUCUGCGCUGGUCUCCUCGGCUGUCGGCUCGAUGGUCUCUUGCUGCCGUGUGUCGGGUGUGGGGGUAUCUUCGACGACAGCCUGUGGCUGCCUGCGCUUGCUGAACAGGUUCACACCGCUCUGGAAGAUACCGCUGACCUAAAAAGAAGAAAGAAACACAGAGGAGGAAUUGUCUGGAUUGUUGCCGGCCACAAUCCAACGAUUGAUGUAUGUAUCUAUCGCACUUUGUCUGUCUCACCGACCCUACCCCGCUGAGCAUCGAUUUCUUGGGCAUGACCUCCCCGCCCUCAUCGCCAUUGCCCUCCUCAUCCACAGGGCCAUUCUCCACAGCACACAUCUCCGUCCCAAUCACCUCGACCGCUGGCUUGUGCUCCUCCUGCUGCGCCACGGCCGCUGGCUGCCCCUUCAAAACGUCCCCCUCUCGGCUGACAGCGCCAGCGUCAUCCUUGUUGCUCGAUGGGCGUGUGUAUCUGCCCAGGAUGGCCCCGAGUGACCACCGGGAGGUGGCGGGCCGUGUGACUGUGUCGUCGGGGAGGGGUGGAGGGGUCGGCGGGGGCGGGGGUCUAAGUGCCUCUGAGAUGCGGAUGGAGGUGAGGAGGGCCGUGUGGGUCAGCUGCAGGGCGGUGAGCUCGUCCUGCGGACGCUGCAGCUUCUUCUGCACGAACUCUGAGGGACGGCAAAGGGCAAAGGAACGGAUGGGAUGGGAUCGGUCGUGGGUGUGUCGUGUCACCCGCCCACUCCACCGACCAACCUACCUUGUUUGGCGAGGUUUCUGAGUGCCACAGCGACUUUGCCGUAGACCUCCUCGGCAUCCAACACCCACCCCUGCUUGGUCCGACGGUAACUGAAGAUGCUCACCGGCGCAUCUACAUCCACACACCACACACACACACAACACACCAGCCUCCAUCUCUCCCUCCACAGAUGCAUCCUAUCUAUGUUGUGGUAUGGGUGUCUGUCAGUAUUGAUUCACCCACCUUUGCCGUCGUCGAGUUGGAUCCUAGGGUGUUGUCCAUCUUGCUUGACGUACUUGUCGAGGUAGAUGCAGCAGUGGUGCAGCCGGUCGACCAGCGUGUGCCAGUUGAGCUCCAGCAGGGGGGCGCUGAUGGCCGGGUGGUCAGUGCACUCGCACAGACGCACCAGCACCAGCCGGUUCAGCACAGGUGACUCAAUGCGCUGACACAGACAGAGGGAGGGACGACAGACAGACAAGCCAGUCAAAUGAAUGAAUCACGUCGCAGCGCAGCCAAAUGAAUGACCAGCCUAUCCUGUUCGUUCUGGCUCACUCACGAGUUGCUGUGCCACUUUGGAGACUUGUCCAUAGAUGCGGAUGCGUGUCGGCCGAAUCGCCUCAACACGGUCUGACACACCUGCACACAAACACGCACUCAGUCAAGUCUGGACACCCUACCCACGCCUCUGGCGUUUCUCUCUCAUCUAGCUGGAGGGCGGCAGUGAGUGCGGAUGCCAUGUCAGCAUCGGCACCUUCAUAGGUCCAGAGGACAGAGAGCGGUAUGUAUGAGAGGGGGUUGUUGCCCUGGUUGAUGGACACGCCGCACAAAGCACCGGUGCCGACCACGAUGGGCACCUCGAGAAAACGACGGAUGGGGUGACGCAUCGCGAUACGCCUGCUCCUAUAGCAUGGCAAGCAACUAACUCUGUCGACGGUACUUCGGGGAAGAG